UGAUUUUGUGUAUCUAUACUCAACUCUGGUAAUAGACUAGAACUUAAUAAGAUUAUAAUAAUUAAAAUAAAAGUCCAUUCUUAACUUCGUGGUAUAUAAUAUUUUGUAUAUAAGGCAAAUUAGAUGUGAAUAAUUCUUAUAAUAUUUAAAACUGUCAUUUUAAUGUAUUAUUUAUUAUUUAUAUAUAUGUAAUCUAAAUGAAAAAAUAUUUUUAUUUCAUUAAGGUAAAUUUAUUAUAAAUGAAUUGUUCACACUGUUAAUAACAACUGAACAUGCUACGACAAUUUGUGACGUGUUUUAUUUUACAUUAUAUAGUACCCCAUAAAUUAAUCAACCACUUAAUUUUGCAAUGAGAAAAAAAUAACAAAUUCUUAAUUUAAACAUUAUUACUGACAUAGGUAUUUUAAAAUAAUAAGUGUAUUUCUCAUCCAUUUCAUAUAAAAUCAAUUAACCAGAAUGAAUUAUAACAUCUUUAUAUUUAUCUUGGCAGUGAACGUAUCGAGUGAACACAAAAAGUAUGAUAAAGGGUAUGCAAUUAACUUUUUAAAUUCAUUUUUACAAAAAAUCAAGUGGCAAAUUUUAUCAAAGACAAGUGUGUAUGACCACUUAAGCAAGUCUUGGAUUCACACGCAUAAACUACUAAUAAAUAAACAUAAUUGUUGUAAAGGUUUGAUCGUCGAUAAAAAUAAUGUUAAUCAAAAGUUAAGAGAAACAAUGGUACUUAUUAAUCAUGAGUACAUAAGAAGUUUAGAUUGGAUCAUUUAUCACGUACAAUUAAUUGUUAGUGAUUGUUUUCUGAAAAAUUAUCGUAAGACUUCAGAAGAUUACCCGCAUUGUAUGAGUUUAUUAUUACCAAAUAUUGAGAAUUCCAUAAAACUCAUAUCACGUUUUAUUAGUGCAAUACAUUUUCUAAUGAAUUUGUUAAAUAUUAAAACCAAACCAUUUGCUUUAGAUGAAUUAAUAAAAUUUGUUGGAUUGAUAAGCAGAAAAAUAAAUGAAAAUGACAAUGCAUAUGUGAACCGAAUUCAUUAUAAAUUCUAUGAUGAGUACAAAGUGAGAAAUUGUAAUUUGAUCAAUAUACUUCAAAAUUAUUGCAUUGAUCAAAGUUAUAAAAUUAGAAAUUAUGAUGAGUAUGAUCUUAAUAGGUAUAUAAAGGAUAAUCAUUUAUCUAAAACGUUUAAAAUGUAUGAAUUUAUAGAAGUUACCUUAAGAAAUGGUAUAGAAGAUAAGGAAAAAAAAUUUUAUUCUAAUCUGGGCUUUUUUUAUGAUGAAGUAAAACAUGAAACUUCUUAUGUUUAUGAAAAUAGAAAAAAAAAGUUUUUUAUAUAUAGCCGAUAAAUUGUUAAAGACACUGUUUCUCUAACAAACGAUAUGUGUGAAAAUUAAAUAAAAUAAUUCCAUAUGUUUAUAUUAUAUUAUAUAUCAUUGGGUUUAGUUAGCCUUUUAAAAUGUAUCAUCUAGACAAACUUAGUAAACGUAUAGUAGGUAAUGUUGUAGUAUAGCACAAUAAUAAUUUCUUUAUGUCAUUGAUUAUUACUCUAGUAAAAAUUAAAUAUUUAAUACUUAUAAUAAAGUGUAUAUACGAUGUAAAAGUUAUCGUAUGAGAUGCCCAAUUUUAGCUAUAAAGUAAUCUUA